GGUGGAUGCCGACGGGUCCAGUUUAUACCUCCAGAAAGUGGAUAUUAUUUCAAGGACCACGUGUUCUUAAAUCUUUCCAUUGGAAUUCACGCAUCGUGCGAGCAUCGAUGCGUCAUGGAGAGUGAAUGUGUAUCGAUCAAUGUUGGUCCACCAAUAAACGACAAAGUGAUAUGUGAGUUAAGUAACUCUGAUCAUUGGCAUCACCCUAAAGAUCUUCAACCAAGACACGGCUGGACAUAUAGAGGAGCAGAGGUAAUUGAGUUCAAGGUCGUGUCGUGAUGCUGUUUUUGCUAGCACGUGUGGCGAUAUUUUAAAAGCCGAAGGCUGAGGUAAAAAAUAGGCCACUUCCGAGUUCCAAAAACCCUCACUUUCAAAAUGAGGCCAAGUGCACAACCUUUCUAAGGGACAACGAGUAAUUUUGCAUGAGAAUUGAAAAAUCAUUUCCAUAUCAAAGUUGAUACAGAGCCCUCGUUUUGAUACAGAGGCCCAGGGGAACUCGAAAAUGGCCUAUUCAUUUUGAUCUAAGAGACACUGGCAAAUAACGCUAUUUUGCGAUAACCGAGUUUAAUGUUUUAUCAUUCGAUCACCAAAUUUGUUUUUUAAUAUCUUCGGGAAGCGGAGCCAUCUGCCUUCUUUCACGCAAGAGCGAUCGCAAGAAGGAGAAAACCAUGGUUUUGUUUAAGCGUGAGCAGAAUAUUAUUUGUACCCCGGGUACCGGAGUUUUGUUCAUCGCGUGCGACGAGAAGCUUCGUUGGUCGGAGGCCAUAAUUUGUAGGCAGUUAUUUGUAGGUCACGUGCUGGGCUUUCGGCCAAUGAAAAGGAGGAAAAUUUGCAUCCAAUGAGAAUAAGUUUAAUGGUUAUUAAACGGACUAUGCCAAGCCAUUUGCUAUCUCUUUAAAAAGCUCAAACUUUUUUUCACCUCAACUGAAUUCAUAAAAAAAUGCAUCGGCCAGAACACUAUAAUUAGGGAGCUUAAGCAACAACGACGGCGACGGCUACGAAAACGUCACUUAAAAAGUGAAAUCGCGUUUCCUCAAACUUUAUCGCGCUUCUUCCAUCUGGUCUAAUUCGUCAAAUGUUGGCGAAUGUUUUUGGAGUUGAAUUCUAAAGGACUGCAUCAAAGUGCAAGAAAAAAAGUUGUCUUGUGUUCCCGUUCUCGAUAAAACGUGACUCAAUAAGGUAUUUUCACGUUGUAGUCGGCUAAAAAAUGUUCAAAACUGAAAGAGAGAUGCGUGUGCAAAGUUGUUGUUUUGCUGAUUUAAAACAAUUAUUCACUGAAGUGGAGGUGGUGAGUGGUGGUAAAUAUCCCCCUCUGGCCGCUGACACUGAGGUGAAUAAUUGUUUUAGUAUAUACGAAAGCAGUGAGAUCAUUGAGCACAAAAUUAAAAUGAUGGAUUUUGAAAAACAUCAUUUACUGCUGCCAACGACAAAAUUUGGCACGCAAAUGUCAUGUUUCCUUGCCGACAAAUUACACUUUUCAAGGCAUUUGUUUAGCUAUUAUGGAAAAAUUUCUGUAAAGGGAUUUAUGAAUUCUUUUUGUAUUUGAAACCAUUCUGUAAAGAACUAUUAAAUUUAGUUUUAAGAUUACUUAUGAACAUGUCAGCUAAAUAACAUAAUCCAAGCUUCCGAACCGAAAUUCGUCAAUUUCCGGAGCGGCCCUUUAAUGGAGGUUCUAUUAUGCGUUACGAGUUUGGGGGACUUUUGGAGGGGCUUAUACAUGGUACUUAUUUUCGGAAUUUUACCGUAUCCUUAUGACGUAGUUGGUCAAGCGUUCUUUUGCCCAGUUGUUUUAAACCCAGGCCGAAACACCAAACAGGAUCUCAGCAAAAACUGGUCAGAAGAUUAUGCUACAAAGCAGCUGCGGGACAGACCUCACCUUAGCUCAAAUAAUCGCGCCAUUAUGCGGAAACAUUAGUCGGUUGCCUUGUCUCCUUCUUCCUUCCGGCAGGCGACAAAAAACAGAACGCAAACUGCAGCCCCCAGACAAACCUUCUAAGGGCUUCGUCAAGCGUUUCUUCCCUACACGACGAACGCUUGUCGAAGCCAAAAGGAAGUCUGCGUGGGUGGCUAAACACUGCUCUUUCAGCCUGAAAAGCACCGGGUUCGCAAAGCCGGCGGUGAUGUAAGUUGUGUGGUAUUCCUGCAAUAACAAUCUAUCUCCAAGACAUUUUGGCUUUGUUACUUCUCUUUUCUCUCUCGUUGGAGCCAAUUCACAACUGAAUUCAUUGCUACCCUAAGAGAAAACGUGUUCUAUUCUCACAGAAUCUAUGCUGCAGCAAUCCCUGCCGGAACAACGCCAAAUGUCUCCUUGGGUUUACUGACAAGAAGUAUAUUUGUGUAUGUACAUCGGGAUACACAGGAGAGCACUGUGAAACAGGUAUAGUGGAGAAAUUAAUUGUGACAGGUCAUAUUGCUGGUAACAAUAUGCAAUGAAUAACAAAGCCUUUAAACACCCCACUGAGGGGGAAACAAAAAGAGGCUAAUCAGUUUGUAGGGUGGGAAUUUUAACAUUUAACUUCGCCUGUUGAUUCUUCUAGUAAAUAUAACAACGACAGCAAUGAUUUCCAAUAAAAUGCAAGUUGCACGAAGACGCAGGUCAAAACAAUAACAACUAGCUUCCAAGGUUAACUGGAAAAGCUUGAUGUGCCCCAGUAUAAAUUACCUUUUGUGUCCUUUUGAUUUGAUAAACUGAACGGCGUCAAGCAGCGGAGGCCAUGAUUGCCUCCAAACUGUAAUUUGUACAAAAACCCUUCCGGUAUUGAAAUUACGGACCGCAUCAGCAAUGGUUCACAGGUAACGACCAAGUGUGCAAUCAACAACACGUUUACUUUGAUGUAAAAAGUAUCAGGUUAACUUUUUUGCUCUUCAUAUCAUUUAGAUAUCGAUGAAUGCAGCAUCGGAAGCCAUGAUUGCCAUCAAAAUGCAAAAUGUAUAAAUACCGCUGGACAUUUUAAUUGCAGCUGUCAAACAGGAUUCACAGGAAAUGGUCGUCUGUGUCAGGGUAAAAAAUAUCUUUUAUUCCAUAAUCUGCUCGUUUGCCUCCAUCUUGAGACUACUGGAUUUACUUUUUCCUUGUUUUCCUUCUGUUACUCGCCGAUCACAUAUCAGUGAAUGCAAUAGCCGCAGCCAUGAUUGCCAUCAAAAUUCAAUUUGCGUUAAUACCGCUGGACACUAUGAUUGCAUCUGUAAACCGGGUCUCACUGGAAACGGGAGAAAUUGUUCAGGUCAGGUGAAGCUAUAAUUUUUUUUUCAUUUGUCAAACGAUAACCUAGGGAGUCCCCCCCCCCCCCAACCAACCUCCUUCAUCCUCUCAAGAAAGCUUGGUGACAAGAACGAGGGACAUUAUUUUUUCCAAGUGGAGAGACUCGCCUAGUGACCCUACGAUGGAAAGGCGGAAGAGACACUCUUCAUAGUAGUCUUUUCUUCAGAAAAAGUGGAGGGGGAGCUAACGCUUUCUUCCAAGACCCCCGCUCUACAGUUCUAUAGGGUAGCCAACUGUUUACAUGGAGAGUGGAGGACCCCAGAUAGUUAAGGAAACCCGCUUUGGUGUGGUCGCCCGCCUGUCCAUAUAAUCUCUCAUAUGGUCACCCCACCCAUCAUGUAAGCGUAAUCAAAUUGAAACGAGAGAUUAUAUGGACAGGCGGGUUACCUCACUACAUAAGGUUGGUUAUAGUGAAUCCUUUAUUAUCCCACAAUCAUUUAUUUUUCUUGCAAGACUGGUCACAAAAAUUUUUCUCUACUUUGAAAAAAAUCCAAGAUCUACCAACCAGAGGAGUGUAUGCUGUCGAACACUUCACUAUCAAUGCAAAUCGGUUUCCAGCCUUCGCAAACUACAAAAGUGAUAUCGAAGGCUAUACUAUAGACUCUCAUCUACAAGCAGAACGAUUCAACUGGAAAUGUUUCCCUUUACCGGGCUAUAGGGUGGGAUUUUAAUCAUUUAACUUCGCCUGUUCAGUGUUCUGGUAAAUACCACAACAAAAGUAAAUUAUUUCAAUAAAAUGCAACUUGCACGAAGCCACAGCAGGUCAAAAUAAUUACAACUAGCUUCCAAGGUUAACUGGAAAAGCUAGAUGUGCCCCAGUAUAAAUUACCUUUUGCGCCCUUUUGAUUUUUUAUUUCUGGACAGCGUCAAGCAGCAGUGGCCACGAUUGCCACCAAACUGCAAUCUGUACAAAAAAAUCUUUCGUACAUUUUAAUUCCAGGCCGUAUCAGCAAGGGCUCGCAGGAAACGACCAAGUGUGCUCAAUGUAUAAUAGUGAAUAAAAUUUCCUUUUAUUUUUAGAACAACACGUUUACCUUGAUGUAAAAGGUAUCAGAUUAACUUUUUUGCUCUUCGUAUUAUUUAGAUAUCGAUGAAUGCAGCAUCGGAAGCCAUGAUUGCCAUCAAAAUGCAAAAUGUAUAAAUACCGCUGGACAUUUUAAUUGCAGCUGUCAAACAGGAUUCACAGGAAAUGGUCGUCUGUGUCAGGGUAAAAAAUACCUUUUAUUCCAUAAUCUGCUCGUUUGCCUCCAUCUUGAAACUACUUGAUAUAUUUUUUCUUUGUUUUCCUUCUGUUACUCGCCGAUCAGAUAUCGAUGAAUGCAGCAGCGGCGGCCACCAAAAUGCAUUUUGCGUGAUGCUAAGAACGCGGAACAUUAUUUUUUACAAGUGGAGGGACUCCUAGUAACUUACGAGAAAAAGGCUGAAGAGACACUCGUCAUAGUUGUCUUUCCUUCGGAAAAAGUGGAGGGGGAGUUAACGCUUCAUUGGCGAUUUUACAACAACCGUCGACAAGAAAAAAUGAGCAUGUUUAGCAUUUCAGUGGCAAACUUUGUAAACCAUUAUUUACUCUAAACGGCCACUGAUCUGCGCAAUGGAAGAAAAAGGAGAAAUUCAUUUUCUUUUGUUUUUUUUGCUCCCUGUGUUAUUCAGAUAUCGAUGAAUGCAUCAACGGCAGCCAUGAUUGCCAUCAGCAUGCAAUUUGUGUAAAUGCCGCUGGACAUUUUAAUUGCAGUUGUCAGGCAGGAUUCACAGGGAAUGGCCGCCUUUGUCAGGGUAACAGUAGCCCACGUUCGAUAUAUUAAAAUUCUUACAUGACUCAGGGGCUUUCUGGUCAUUUUUCUUCAUUAGGUUUGGUUUUCUUUGUGCUUAAGGGCCUGUUUACAAGAAGGGAGGGUAACCCUCGUGCUAGGGUUGCCCUAGCACGAGGGUUACCCUAGCACUCGCAUAUUUCUUCUUUUUUUACACGACGUGUUUACAAGGUAGGUACGGUUACCCUAGCGCUAGGGUAACCCUACCUGAGUGCUUGGGUUACCCUGGCAAGAGGGUUACCCUUGCAUUCGCAUAUUUCUUCUUUUUUCACACGACGUGUUUACAAGGCAGGUAGGGUUACCCUAGCGCUAGGGUAACCCUACCUGAGUGCUAGGGUUACCCUGGCAAGAGGGUUACCCUACCUGCCUUGUAAACGCUCAGUUAGGGAUAACUCGCCUACCCGGGUAGUUCCGCCGUCAUGCAUGACCAGUAAUCGUACCAAUUUGAACGGUAUUAUCCAAUGUCUGAGCUUAAUUAUAAACAUCUGAAUAAUAACUAGUUAUUUUCUGUCUACGAUGAUAAUAUUUUCCCUUUCUUCGUGAAUUUAACGUGUUUUCCAUAGAGAACUUCAACAUUAUUUCAAAUUUUGUACCGUUACAAAGAAUGCACGCAUGACGUAACACGUCAGUAAAGCUUGUAAAGUUGACCCGGGUGAUAGGGUAACCCUGCCUGUGAAAUUUGCUUGUAAACCAACCUCGUCCCCGGCCAGGGCGCUUUUCCCUGGCAUUGGAGGCCGCCAGACCUCCAAAGCCAGGGAAAAGCGCCCUGGAGACGAGGUUGCUUGUAAACCAGAGCUAACUUUAACCCGCUUGCUAGGGUAGCCACGGCAAAAGGGUAACCCUCUCUCCUUGUAAACAGGCCCUAAGUCGCUUAUGGGAAUUGGGAGGCAAUGAAGUCGUGAAAUAUUUGCAAUUUUGACUCUAAAGCCUCAGAGUCGUGGCAGAAUUUUAAUAUAUCGCACAUGGGAUAAUGAAAUCUUGCAGUUGUUAUUUUUAGUAUCGACAAACCUACUCGUAUUACUUAAACCUCAAGGUCGUUUUUGGAUUCUGAUGUGAUACGGUUCGGUUUUUGGGAUCACGAUCUAGUUUACUUGGUUCAAAAAUCCAACACAAUGAAAUAAAUUGGAAUUAGAAACUUCAGAAAAAUUUAGGAUUUGAGAUAACAAAAAAAAACCUGCGAACCUCUAAAUCUUAAAAAUGACGUUGAUGCAAUGCGGAUCUGUUGGAAAAUGUUUCUAGAAGUUUUGGAUAGAAACGCCCUAUACGAAAAAAGCCGGUCAGGAACAAACUAUCUAGUCUCCCCUAAGUAAAUAGUAAGAUUACGCAACAAAUGAGGGAGCGACGAAAAAAGCCGGUCAGGAACAAACUAUCUAGUCUCCCCUAAGUAAAUAGUAAGAUUACGCAACAAAUGAGGGAGCGAGAUCGUCUAGCUACGAUAAACGAUAAAGAGAACCGAGGAUAACAAUUGGUCUCUAUAUUUCCGCUAGAAAUACUGUAAACAUUGCCCUAUGAUAAGCAAAAUGAAAUUCGUAUAAACAUAACAACUUUCUUUAAUUUCUUGAUUUUCCAGGCAUGUUUCGACGGUACAUCCGUCAUCUUCAGUGUUACAUAUUUUGAAAUCGCCGUUGAAUUUAAAGCGCGCGCGAUCUUACAAAGUUUUUUACAUUGCAUUGCGUUGUCAAUAUUGCGUACUAAAACAAAAAACAUUAACCUGACUCUCUCCCUGUGAAGAACUAAGCGUCACUUACUUAAUUUUUUUUUUUUGUUUUAGUACGCAAUAUUGACAACGCAAUGUAACGAACUUUGUAAGAUCGCGCGCGCUUUAAAUUCAACGGCGAUUUCAAAAUAUGUAACACUGAAGAUGACGGAUGUACCUUCAAAUUGUGUCUGGAAAAUUAAAGAAAGUUGUUAUGUUUAUACGACUAUCUCUAUUGUUGCUGCUAUCUAGACAAAAUGGAAUUAUUAUGCUAGAAUCAACUUGAAAAUGAGCGUGGCGAUCCAAAGCAAGCGUGAAGAAUUAUCAAUAGCAUUUCCGGGCGUAAUAAUCAACAGCUUGUCUCUCUGAGGCAUGAUAUAUACCUGCCAACUCUCACUCCUUAGGCGUGAGUCUCACGCCUGCGGGUUGAAAACUUCGAUCUCACGCCGGCUCACGCCUGCGGGCCAAUUUCUCACGCCUGAUUGAAAAAUGUGAGUUGUUGCCAUCCUGCUUGACACAAUUUCCAAAAAUAUGUUAACUCAGACCCAUGUAAGGAAUGAAAACCAUGUGUAAAAUGAAUAAAUGGCAAUACCUUCCUCGCGAUCUCUGAUUUUUUAAGUGAAAAGCACUGGGAGCGAGCUCGCCUUUGGCAGACUUCGGAAGACUUCGGACGUCUUCGGAAGACUUCGGACUUCUUCGGGAAUCUUCGGAAAUGAUCGUGUCGUCUUCAAAAAUCCCAGCACUCCCAGGAUAAAAAUCUCACGCUUAUAUCUCAGAAAAAGUUGGCAGGUAUACAUGAUACUGUUAGUGAAAUUGAGUUAGACAAACACGCAGUUUCCAUCCCCUCAAUCCCCAGACUAUCAAAUAUCUUUACAGAAUUAAAGCCCAUAAACCAAUAGUAAUCGUAAUCUUGGAACUAAGCCAAAAAGAUUGCCCUUCCUCUGCCCAAAAGAGGGGCAAAGACGUGAAAUUGUGAGACCGUCACGUCAUUUAAAACUGAAAUCAAAUCCCAUUGGCCUUUGGGUCACUGCUGGAGAAUAUAUGUCACUGGUAUGUUUUUAGAUAGCAUACAGCCUGGAUAGCAUAUAUAAAAUUUAAGUCAGAUUUUAUUUUUUUUAUUUUUUUAUUUUUUUUUAUUUAAUGUAUAGAAUAUAGUGUAAAGUUUAUAAUUUUCGUAGCGUUUAGUUUAGAUUGUAUAAUUUGAUAUUUUGUCAUUAUUAUUUGUAAUGGUAACAGGACUGAGUGGAGUCCAACUCGGUCUGUAAUCAUACGAGUGAUUAACAAAAUCGGACGACCGCGUAGCGGGAGUCUGAUUUGUUUAAUCACGAGUAUGGUUGCAGACCGAAUUGGACGCCACGAAGUUCUGUUACCAAUUAAUCAUAACUUUAACAAAAUUUGUGAUAUAAAUUUUUUAAAUCAAAACACAAAAAAUUCGAAAUUUUGUUUUGCUAGCAGUGAAAAAAAAAAGCCAUUUCAGCGCGCGCGUGAUGGCCCGUACUGUCCAAUUACUUAGGCAUGGCGCGUACUGUCCUAUUAAACUGUCCAAUUAAGGCUGAAACCAGGGCAGUUGAUAGCCAAUCAGAUUUGACAAUUUUGUUAUAGUUAUGAUUAUGUUAGUAAUACGUUUUGCACGCCUCUAAUGGAAGCCCAGCUUUAGUUGAGUUGGCUAGAAUGGCUACAUAAAGUUUAUCCCCACUCUCUUAUCUUAUCUUAUCUUAUCUUAUAAAAUAAAAUAAAAUAAAAUAAAAAUACCUUUAACUCGUAAGGUGGACGUUUAUCUUAAAACCAUCAGAUUUACUUUUUCUUGCUCUUUUCCCUAUGUCCGACCCUAUGCUACCUAGAUACCGAUGAAUGCAACAACGGCAGCCACGAUUGCCACCAAAAUGCAACUUGUGUAAAUACUGCUGGACACUUUAAUUGCAAGUGUGAACCGGGUUUCACUGGAAACGGGCGAAAUUGUUCAGGUAAAGUUUUCUUUUUUACAUUUGUGCGAUGACUCAAGGAGCGUCCCCCGCUUCCACUUCCCGGGAAAGCUUGCUGACAGGGGAACGCGAAGCAUUUUUCCAAUUGGAGGAACUAGUAGUAGACUAUGUUGAAACUUCACCUCAUUUUGGAUUUCCCUGGAUUUCCCGCAUACUAAUUUGGAUUUCCUUCAUACUAAUUAAGUGCCUUCCUCCAUAUAUAAUGAAGUGGAUAGGUUUACUAAUGAGCGUCACUCUACUAUAAUAAGAACAAUAGGCUUGCCUAGACUUGCCCAGGUUCUUUUAACCCCGAUUGGAUAGUAAACAAUCUAUUAUGUGUUUAAAAUAAAAGCGGGCUCUCCGUUCAGCAUAUUAAUCUUGCAAUCGGUUUGCUAAGGAAAAAAGUCUUACUACCACCAAUAUUUUUUAAAACAUCGCUUCAAACAUGCAAGUCGAAAUGAACGCUUCAGAAGAUAAAGCCAGUUCCUUACCCGGUCAGUUCUGCCCGUUUCAUCCCCGCUCAACGUUGGAAUUGGUAGAAAAAGCAAAAGGAUUUUGCUAUGUGUACUGCCCCGAGAAAAUGUGUUUUAUGUUUGCCCCUGCUUCAGAAUGGAAAGGGGACAUAAAGUGGAUCGCGCAUCAUACACACUCUGAUGUGAAAAAAUAUGCAGCUCAGUUGGUCUGUGAUUUUUCUAACAAGCUAGCAUUGAGAAAAAGUAAACAGCCUUGGAGCCAGGAUCGAAUAUUUCUGACAUGCUACAAAAAAGAGUGUGGAUUUUUCCUGUGGAUAGACCAGCCAAUAUCGCAUGGUAUCAAGGAUCGCCUCUCGUAUUCACCUCACCCACGGGUCACAAGAUUUCAACCUUAUGGGGAGAUAAAGGAGAUAUUUGAAAAACAUAGCCAAGAGGCUAAACAGAAAGCAUUUAUCUAACACCAGCGCCAUACACGCAAAUGUGACGAAGGCUUUAAAAUGUGUGACGACGGUUUUAACAGUCCAGAAAGUCCCAACAUCUUUCAUGGGCUUAGAUACAGAGAAUGGAUGCAUGAAGUAUGGGAAUCGUACAAGUUUUAUGUCCAAAAAAUGAAAGAAGACUCUCGAGACGACCCAGAUGCUACACUUUGUUUAGAGAAAGAUGAUGUACUGAGUCAGGCGUACUACAAGUGCGCGAGAGAGGACGGGCAUCACCCCGAAAGUUACCAGGUGUUGAAGGUUUUGUAUGAAAGACACAUUGAAGGCAAACACGUACCUUUUCAACCUUAUGUUAUCACCCCUGAAGAACGUGAAGAGAUUGAAAACGAUAAACAGUUGCCUUCUUAUUCUAGAGCGUUUGCACAAGAUGCACGCAGAUCAAAAUGUAUUGCUAUGCUUAACAUUAUGAGGACCCCUAGGUCUUCCUGUUUGUUCUAAAUAAAAAUGUUACAUCGCUGCCAAUGUGGAAAUAGAGCUGUCUUGAGAUCCUUUGAAAGAUUUUUAAAGUUUUUGUGUGAAAUAAAGUUUUAUUCAUCUUUACACCCCGUUAGUCACUAAUUAUGUUUAACAAAUGUUUGACUCGAGCUCUAAAAUUUGCAUGUGAACUAGCUCGUGUGCCUUUUGUUUGACAAACAAUAAGUCAUACACAACACCUACUCUGAUUGGAUAGUCCCAGAUGUAUUGUUCAGUGUCUAUAACAAGACCUGAAGACCACAUGCGAGCUAUUUUAUGCGAAGUCUUGUUCAAGUUCGAGUCUCAGAACGUCAGUUCCGUUUACCCACAACAACAACAACAACAACAACAACAACAAAAACAAUAUGGCUGACAAGUUUACUGUUGGAACCCCAAACACCCUCGAAAAAGUGUGGAAUAUUGAUGUCGAAAGAGAAUAUCGGAAACUUAGCUACCCGUUUCAAAACCCGGAACGGAACAAUGGAAUUAUCAAAGAAAGCUUAAGACAAUUAAAAAUGUUCAUACACCAGCAGAGCACAACAAUCACGUUUCAUUGCUUUUUCGGAGAGAAUUUAAGCGAAUUUGAAAUCGCCUGGGAGGUGAUAAGUCUCCUCCUGGAACUUUUACAGAACGUGAUGAAACAAAAAGAUGAAGCAUUCGCCAAGGUGGUGUGGAUACAAAUAGCACACCUGAUCAAAAUGGUCCAGUUUCGAUGUGGAAGCAAAUUCACUGUUUUACCCACGGACGGUAUAAACUCUGACCAAUGGAGACGCGAGUAUCCUGCAAACCGCGAGCCUAGUCAACUCACCAGAAUUCGAAAGAUUAGGAGAAAACGCAAAAUACGAGACCUUAAAGCACUGAAAAGUCAAGAACCCAAGCGAUCCAAACACCAGCGACAGCAUGGAGUUAUCGAGAAUCGGACACUUUUUAAUUAGUAGAAUAAAUGUCCUACCGUGAGAAUCGAUGCACUGUGAAUUUAAAAAAAAAAAAGGAAAUAAAACGUUUUUGUCUAUAAUCAUUGUUACUCGUUCCGUUCACCAGUAGUCAUUUGCAUCUGACCGGCCUAUGCCUCUUCUGUGUUCUCAUAAAUUAAUCAAAGCUGGUAGACUCAGACACCAAAACAUACAUUACAACUUUUGCUACGGGAGAAAAUUUAGUUUCGCGUUGAACAACAAAACGUAACGGAGUGAACUGAAUUGUAAUAUUAAACAAUUUCUUAUAAUAAACAUUCAGAUAGUUGUCGUUCUUUUUAAAGAGGGGUAACCACAGAGGCGUCUACGGUUCGCAGGCUAAAAUGAUUCACCAGGAAAAUCACAACGUGGUCAUAAAGGUGACGCCAGCGUCAUAUUGCCUUGUGGUCACCUUUGAACUAAUUCGGCAUGGAGUCCUCUAAAACAAAAGCGAUCUGAAACCAAGAAGAACUUUAAGCGUAACAUUUAGCUAUUAAGCAGGAGAAGACAUGAAAUCCGUUGCGUAUUUACAAGGCAGUGACAUCAAAUACUACGUGUUCCUCGCUAUCAGCGUCAAAAUUGAACAGACUUAGUUCACAGGAAAUCGGAAGUGUUCUGGUACGAUGUCUUGUUUUGCACAGUUUUACAACACCUUUCAAACAAAGGAUAAUAACCGGCAUUAAUAAAACGGAUGAAAACAAAACAGUCAUAUAAAUAAUUAUGGACGUUGCAGAGUGUGAUGAUGGUAGAAUCUUGUAGUCGUUGUUGGUUGGGCUAGUUUGCUAGUCUUUAGAGUUUUUCUGGUGGGAGUUCCAGCGUGUGAUGAUGGUAGUCUUGUAGUCUAGAGUUUUUCUGGUCACUGCGAUUUCACAGUCAAUGAUUACUCCAAAUAUUGUCUUGUCCGGGAAUCCUUUACAGUCGAACGGAUUGUCCCUCAGAUCCACCAUUUUUAAAUUAGGGAGUUGUUCCUUCAACACCGAAAACUUUACUUGAGACAAUAAAUUAUGUCUCAAGUUCAGUGUAGUGUAGUUUACCAGUGGAACUGAAUUAGGUACCACCAUCAAAGUCGAUUAGUCGCAGCUCCUCCUUGCAGUAACAUCUGUUUUUUAACCACCUCAUCCCCCAAAUAUCAACACAAAACAAGCAGAAGAAUAAAACAACCCACCAAAGAGUUCCUAGAAAUCCACCCAUCUUGCUUUAAAAUCUCCCAUGUAUAACCACAGGUAACCCAGGCUUUGUGAUAGUACCACAGUACGGUUCCAGUAAAAUUACACUGUUUGUAUGGGGUAAAAAUACCAUCCUAAAAUUUCUAGGAAAUACUGAGUAAAGAUCAAUGAAAUUUACUCUGCAUUUAAUUGUUGUUGUCCUUAUUGCUCCAACGACGUUCCGUGAUAAUUUGCAGUAAUUUGUUCAAAUUCACUCUAUAUACAAUAAUAAUGUACAAGGUAGGAAACACGAGAGGCCAACGGAAAAUAAACAUGCCAGGAUCGUAGAAAUAGGAUAGCAGCAGUUAUAGAAACCAAUGAAGCUUUCCCAGAUAGAGAAACGAAUCCCACAGAGACUUUGACAAACUCGAAGGAUAUAAUCCAAACAGACCGAGAAUAUGCUCGCCGAAGCAGCCGGGCCAGAUCAACGCGCGGCCAGGAAAAUGAGGCCUGGGCACUGUACAAAAAAAAUCCACCCCGGGAGUCCUGAGGUGACCUUUCUGGGGACCGAUACAUCAUUUGCCCAAAGCCACCUAGUCUGCUACACAGCCGUUUUUAGUGUCGUCGCGCAGCGUUGCGUGACGACACUAAAAACGGCUGUGUAGCAGACUAAAAGCCACCCUACCCUGCUGAAAAAAUACUUGAUAGAAGGCAAUAGACCAUCUUACAGUUGUGGAUGGAAGCGAGGCUGAGGGUGACCUUGGUUUGACACAAACCUUCUUGCUUUAUUAUGUAAAUCAAGUUAUUCUUAUGCUGACUAGUAUUUUUCAAGAACAAUUUCCAUAACAAAGAAAAGAAGGUUUGUAUCAAAACAAGGUCACCCUUAGCCUCGCUUCCAUCCAUAACUGUAAAAUGGCCCAUUGUUCUACCUAGCCGUACCACCCUGGCCUGUUAUAAAGAUGUUAUGUCCCUCUUGAACUAUAUUCAGCGCCUGGCGCUGGUCCUCAUAAAGUCUAUCAAACAUCAAUUGGGCAAGGUUAUAAGGGCAAAGGAAAUAACAAAGAAGGAGGAUUUACUUUAAACGAGCAAAAGAUAUGUGAAUUUUGGCUCUUACCGCGGCAUUUGUACAACAGGACCAAAUUCAAAGAUAGGUGUCACGAUGGUUUACAUAUUUAACUGAUAGAAUGUCCGGUUGUAUUGACAAGAAGUCGGCGUGUUACGGCCGCAUUAAUCGCUAAAUAUGUUAAUCGUGCUAGUUCUUUGUUUACUGGUGCACAUGUCUUUCACAUUCGUCUCAGUCAUCGCAAUUCAUAUUCUGUUGGAAUUUUCUGUAUAAUUUUUGACUUAAGUUUGUAAGCUUCACCGUUUAUUUACGAUAGUUUCGCUCGAGAGUUCACAGCAACAGUAUCUCAGUCAUCAUGUACCUUUUGUUCAACUUUGUUUUUAGCCCGCCGUCUAAGUAUUUCGUGUUGUUGUUUCAUUAGUUUCAUUACUGUUAUUUGCAUUCCUUAGUAAAAGAAAUGGGGCGCCUUGUAACUCGGCAGACUCUCCUGAUUAUAGUUAGUUUUUUUAGCCAUUUAAAUUUAGGCGCGUGUGCGGGGUUUGCUCUGGCGAACUGUGAUUGGCUAGGAAGAACAAUUGCCUUCUAUCAAGUAUUUUUCAGCAGGGGAGGGUGGCUUUGGGCAAAUGAUGUAUCGGUCCCCAAAAAGAUCACCCCAGGACUCCCGGGAUGGAAUUUUUUUGUACUGUGCCCAGGCCUCAUUUUCUUGGCCGCGCGUUGAUCUGGCCCGGCUGCUUCGGCGAGCAUAUUCUCGGUCUGUUUGGAUUAUAUCCUUCGAGUUUGUCAAAGUCUGUGGGAUUCGUUUCUCUAUCUGGGAAAGCUUCAUUGGUUUCUAUAUCUGUUGCUAUCCUAUUUCUACGAUCCUGGCAUGUUUAUUUUCCGUUGGAGUUCGAAUUUCCUGGAAAAAAUUGUGUUGAAUGAGAGCAUGUCGGCGAAAAUGGCCUCUCGUGUUUCCUACCUUGUAUAUUAUUAUUGUAGAUAGAGUGAAUUUGAACAAAUUACUGAAAAUUGUCACGAAACUUCGUUGGAGCAAUAAGGACAACAACAAUUAAAUGCAGAGUAAGUUUCAUUGAUCUUUAUUUAGUAUUUCCUAGAAAUUUUAGGAUGGUAUUUUUACCCCAUACAAACACUGUAAUUUUACUGGAACGGUACUGUGGUACUAUCACAGAGUCUGGGUGACCUGUGGUGUAACAUGAAAUGUGAGGAUGUGUUAGAAUAGAAAUUUGAGAAUUUGGGGAAAAAAUAGGCGAACAAAAGAGCUUACCACAAGAAAUUUGUCGCUAAUUUAACGCGAAACGACAGCUAAAAACGCCAAAAACACCACAUUUUAGAGUUGUGUUUUUUUCCCUAGGCUCUUUGAUUUAUGGAAAAAAUUGUUUUAGGUCCCACCUCUUUCUCGUAAAAACGAACCGCAUUGGUGUUUUGUAGUUUAGCAAAUUGAAACCAAUAUUUUCGUUCUAUCCCCGAUAACUCAUGGACUCGAGUUAAAUGAUCUGCUAAUCGAACUAAAAUGAUUGAAUUCAACCAAUGAUUUAUUUACAAACUAUGAACAAAUAACAUUUUUUAGACAUUUAGGAAACUCUUUUAUAUAUUAUGCUAUUUACAAACUAGAGAAAACGAAAAUUAUUUACAAAAUCUAUUUUUUCACAAUCUUUACAACCUUUCACCUUUCAAAUGAGUAAAAACUGUUUGCGACACAAAAUUUAUCUUUAAUUUAACACGAAACGACAGCCAAAAACGCCAAAAGCGCCAAACACGCCACAUUUUAGCGUUGAGUUUUUUUUCCUGCGCGUGGAGAUCUCGCGUGUAAGUCGUGCGCGUCGAGUCAGGAAACAAGACACGAUUAAUGAAUUUGAAUACUUUUUUAUGCCGUUUUCCUACAGUAUUUGGCAAAUACAUAAGAAUUCUAGAUCACGUGAGUAAAAUCAGGCCAUUUCAUUCAAUUCCAUUUGAGUUUCAGGGAUUCGAAAAUCGGCCCCAAAUUUGUUUCCCCCCUUUCCGUAUCUUUUACUGUAAGCCGAUCUUGCGAGCCUCUUGGUUUGCGGUCAAUAGAAUGUGUAACGAAACUGUAACGCGAUAAAAAAAACCCAUUUUUUCAGAGGUUUUCGACGGGUUUUGAUGUUCUAACGACAAACACAUCUCCUCUGGACCCUGUGAUCAGAGUAGGUGUUGUGUAUGACUUAUUGUUUUGUCAAACAAAAGGCACACGAGCUAGUUCACAUGCAAAUUUUAGAGCUCGAGUCAAACAUUUGUUAAACAUAAUUAGUGACUAACGCGGUGUAAAGAUGAAUAAAACUUUAUUUCACACAAAAACUUUAAAAAUCUUUCAAAGGAUCUCAAGACAGCUCUAUUUCCACAUUGGCAGCGAUGUAACAUUUUUAUUUAGAACAAACAGGAAGACCUAGGGUUCCUUAUACAUGUAUUGUUAAGCAUAGCAAAACAUUUUGGUCUGCGUGCAUCUUGUGCAAACGCUCUAGAAUAAGAAGGUAACUGUUUAUCGUUUUCAAUCUCUUCACGUUCUUCAGGGGUGAUAACAUAAGGUUGAAAAGGUACGUGUUUGCCUUCAAUGUGUCUUUCAUACAAAACCUUCAACACCCGGUAACUUUCGGGGUGAUGCCCGUCCUCUCUCGCGUACUUGUAGUACGCCUGACUCAGUACAUCAUUUUCUCUAAACUAAGUGUAGCAUCUGGGUCGUCUCGAGAGUCUUCUUUCAUUUUUUGGACAUAAAACUUGUACGAUUCCCAUACUUCAUGCAUCCAUUCUCUGUAUCUAAGCCCAUGAAAGAUGUUGGGACUUCCUAGACUGUUAAAACCGUUGUCACACAUUUUAAAGCCUUCGUCACAUUUGCGUGUAUGGCGCUGGUGUUGGAUAAAUGCUUUCUGUUUAGCCUCUUGGCUAUGUUUUUCAAAUAUCUCCUUUAUCUCCCCAUAAGGUUGGAAUCUUGUGACCCGUGGCUGAGGUGAAUACGAGAGUCGAUCCUUGAUACCAUGCGAUAUUGGCUGGUCUAUCCACAGGAAAAAACCACACCUCCUAAUGGGGGCUUUUUUGUAGCAUGUCAGAAACAUUCGAUCCUGGCUCCAAGGCUGUUUACGUUUUCUCAAUGCUAGCUUGUUAGAACAAUUACAGACCAACUGAGGUGCAUAUUUUUUCACAUCAGAGUGUGUAUGAUGCUCGAUCCACUCUAUGUCCUCUUUCCAUUCUGAAGCAGGGGCAAACAUAAAACACAUUUUCUCGGGGCAGUACACAUAGCAAAAUCCUUGCGCUUUUUCUACCAAUUCCAACGUUGAGCGGGGAUGAAACGGGCAGAACUGACCGGGUAAGGAACUGGCUUUAUCUUCUGAAGCGCUCAUUUCGACUUGCAUGUUUGAAGCGAUGUUUUAAAAAAUAUUGGUGGUAGUAAGACUUUUUUUCCUUAGCAAACCGAUUGCAAGAUUAAUAUGCUGAACGGAGAGCCCGCUUUUAUUUUAAACACAUAAUAGAUUGUUUACUAUCCAAUCGGGGUUAAAACAGCGCGGGCAAGUCUAGGCAAGCCUAUUGUUCCUAUUGUACUUCAUUAUAUAUGGAGGAAGGCACUUAAUUAGUAUGGAGGAAAUCCAAAUUAGUAUGCGGGAAAUCCAAGGGGAAUCCAAAAUGAGGUUAAGUUUCAACAUAGUCUACUACUUGUAUUUCAUCACGACGAUUAUAUAACUGGCGCUGCAAAUUUCAGUAGCGAAAAAGAUAACUUUCGAACAGUUUCUUCUCAAGGACUUUUUGAAAAUAUUGUCAUAAAUCUUUAUCCUAAUCAGUCAUUUAAGGUUUUAGCACCCUAAGCGGUACGAAUUCACAAAUUUAAACCCCGAAAAGGUACAACGAGCAACCCGAUCAGUGUUAUAGGGGAGUACCACCAAAAACUGAGUGGCACAAUGGUGCAGUGGUCAAGGAGUUGCUUGCACGUGCAGAUGAACUAGGUUCGACUGCCGGCGAUGCUGUUUUCUGUUUCUUUAUUGUACUAUUAGUACAAUAUUUUAUUCUGUGAAGGAAUUUUCAGGUGGUUUGUUGAGCCAGAUGUAGGAACGAUAUUUACCCAAAAUAUGCAGGUAUUCGAGAUGGUAUGCAAACAAUGAAAUCCAAGGUCAAGACUAAAACAAAUAGCUAUAUGCCUUUGCCAAAUUAUCAGGACUAACAUACCAGGUUGAAAUUUACCAAAAUUAUGCAUAAUUAUCAACUGAGCAUAAGAUCCUGCCAUGAUCCUGACUGCGAUUACGGUAGACAAAGUUUAACCCUUGCUAUGCAGAAUUUUAGUAUUUGGACUAGUUUUCCACAAAUUAGCAUAGAAAUGGGAUGGGAAAUGGGAAAUAUGUUUGGGAUGUAUACAUGAUAUUCACCGGCCUUGGUCGAUCCGUAUUGGGAGAAACUGCCCGAGGUCUUGAGUACCACCCAAGGCCGUAGGCCGAGGGAGGUACUCAGACCGAGGGCACCGUUUCUCCCAAUACGGAUCCACCAAGGCCGGUGAAUAACAUUUUUAUUUUUUUCCUGCUGACAUUUAAAAGUUUCUGGAAAAUUUUACUUCAGCCUCCAACCUAUGUAUGUUGAGGUAGAACGCGUCCGUGUUGAUGAAGCGCGCGAUCGAUUGCAAACCAAAACAAAACAUACAACGUGAUUUUUAGCUUGUAAUUUAUAUUAUCACAAAUCAGCUCUGAGCUCUUUCAGAAUAAAGAAAGGUUUUUGUGUCUUGGUAGACAAUUCAUAAUCUGAGUGUCAAACAAAGACAAAUUGACGAACUUGAUAUUAAAAGCCAUAGGAAAAAAAAAAACAGCAAAGAUUUAAAUCGAGCGGGAUGAAAACUGCACAAGGCUUUAUAAAAAGAGCUAAUUACAGACACCAAUCUCAAGAUUUUGACUAUAAAUAAAUAAAAAUAAUUAGCUUUAAAAAAGUAAAAUAAAAGCAACAAAAAGGAUUCCUAACCUAACUGGUAACCUCCUAACCCUAACCUAACUUAACCUAACCCUAACCCUAACAAAAACUCGAGCUUUCCUUCCAUGAUUGCUACGAAAACCCUCCUCUUAAUGGUCAUGGGACUUGCAGGAAGUCAAAAUGGUGGGAGAGCGAGAAAUGGUCGAGUCCUGCGUCGAGUCCUGGCUCGAAGUCCUGGCUCGAGUCCUAGCUCGAGUCCUGGCUGAGUCCUGGCUCGGUAUAUAGGCAUCCUCAUUGAAAGCUAUUAAAACUUAAGGUUAAAUGCAAUCAUUGACAACCUUUUCUGAAAAGUAGAAAACUAGCGAGACAAAAUUCAGUGAAAAACGACAGAAUCUAGAUUCAGACAGCAAAAAUGGAAAACAAAACUACAAACAGUGUAUAGCUGCCGUAAGGCGACUUCUUUUACCGAUCAGCGCUAACAAUAAACGCACAAGUUUAUUCCGAUUUGAGUCCUCGAGGGUUACAGCAAUAAGCAAGAUGGUAGACUAUUGACCCAAAAGACUCGACUGACAUUAGGUCAGAUGUACCGUAAUUUGCCGUAUUUGAUGUGUUAAUUGUGUUGUGUUGUGGUUUAAACGGAAAUACAAGGUGAAAAUAUAACUUCAGAAAUACUGCGAGAGCAAAAGAAAUACAGCAAAAAUGAAAUACAGCAGACGAAUGGACAACGCACUUACAUUGUUUUGGCGUAAAACGUCUGACCGCAAAAGAGAUACUCCUGAUAGGAAACUACUACUUAGUGCUCUUGAAGAAACAACGUUUAAAUAAAAGCUGAACUGAAAAUGCUACAUGGAGUAAGGUCACCCAUGCACAUUGCGUUGAUUGUAGUGAAUCCUUUAUUAACCCGCAAUCAUUUAUUUUUUCUUGCAAGACUGUUCUCAAAAAUUUCACCACUUUGAAAAAAAACAAGAUCUACCAACCAGAGGAGGGUCUGACGUCGAACACUUCACUAUCAGCGGAAAUCGGUUUCUCGCCUUCGCAAACUAUAAAAGUGAUACCGAAGGAUUUAACACCGACUCUUUCAUCUACAAACAGAACGAUUCCACUGGAAUUUUUCUCCUUUAUCAGACUUUAGGCACGCAUGGAGGCAUUGACAUGGAAUAUUUUAAAACUGGUGAUCAACAUUACCUGGCCGUCGCAAAUCAUUAUGAUGGAACUUCGUACCGACAGAAUUCAACUAUUUACCAGUGGAGUCUAAGUCAGGAAAAAUUUGUCAGCUUUCAAAGCAUUGAAACAUUUGGAGCACACAGCUUUGACUUCUUCGAAAUAAAAAAUGAGCAGUUUCUUGCCAUUUCAAAUUAUCGUGAUGACUCCUCCCACAGUAUCAACUCUUUUAUCUACAAGUGGAACAGCAGCAAAUUUGAAAAGAUUCAAGAGAUAGCAACCGAGGGGGCUUUCAGUAGUGAGACCUUUGCAAUCAGCAAUGAAACCUUCAUUGCUUUUGCAAACCAUUUUAACGGUCAAAAGCAGUCAGAGCAGUGGUCACUUCAGUCAGUUGUCUUCAAGUGGUCAGGGCAGCAAUUUGUCAAACUGCAGUCUUUUCAGACAUAUGGAGUCCAAGAUGUGAAGUCAUUCAGUGACAACGGUUCUACUUUUCUCGCGUUUGCAAACUACAGACGCGGUGGGGAACGCAAUAUCAAUUCUCCAAUUUACAAGUGGAACGGCAGUCAUUUUGUUCUAUUUCAGUCGAUUCCUACUCGUGGAGCAGUCGCGUUACAUCCCUUUAUGAUGUGCAGUCAAACUUUUCUGGGUGUGGCUAAUCAUUUUAAUAACGACAACGGGUUCAAUAUUAUGUCAGUGGUAUAUCGAGUUUCUCAGGAACAGUUCAUUGAAUAUCAAGAGAUUCCAACCCAGGGAGCUUCUGGUAUGACGUCAUUUCAAUACAAAGGCCAUACUUACCUAGCAGUUGCAAAUAGUAGAACUGAUCAUCACAAAUGGAAUGUCAACAGUGCGCUGUAUAAGUGGGCCUGA